GGAUAACGUGAUUCAUUAUCUUCCAUGUUAAAGUUAGACCUGCAGUGAGAGAUUUAUUGGAAGAAAAACCACGACUGAAGACGAGGGAACAGCAACAAGUGAACCAGCCCGAGGACUGAGAGCAUAAACUGGAGAGGACCCAUCUGACUCGGAGAUUCCAGUGAUUCAGUCAGGAGAAAGUUUGGUACUCCGUAACCUCAUCCUUGGCAAUCGACUCCAGCAACUUCCCAACCACCGAUGUCAAGAUAACAGCUGUGCGGACCAACCAUUCAUCUGGGCAGGAAACGUUUACAUGGCUUCAAAACUGUGGCACUUUACAUUGACAGUAGAUAAAAGAAAAUCCCAGCUGCACGUCAACAAAGGGUUAAAAACGACAAGGAUAUUAUCUACGGGGAGGUCGAACACAGCACGCUGGUUUUUUGUCUAUGUCCAGAUAUUUAAGAAGUGGAACAAGGGAUUCACUCGAUCAUCAUUCCUACUCAGACUGUGGGGAGUGAUUCACUCGAUCUUCAUUCCUACUCAGACUGUGGGGAGUGAUUCACUCGAUCAUCAUUCCUACUCAGACUGUGGGGAGUGAUUCACUCGAUCAUCAUUCCUACUCAGACUGUGGAGAGUGAUUCACUCCAUCAUCAUUCCUACUCAGACUGUGGGGAGUGAUUCACUCGAUCAUCAUUCCUACUCAGACUAUGGGGAGUGAUUCACUUGAUCAUCAUUCCUACUCAGACUGUGGGGAGUGAUUCACUCGAUCAUCAUUCCUACUCAGACUGUAGGGAGUGAUUCACUCGAUCAUCAUUCCUACUCAGACUGUGGGGAGUGAUUCACUCAAUCAUUAUUCCUAUUCGGACUGUGGGGAGUGAUUCAUCGAUCAUCUGACUGACUGGCAUGCUGUCAAUUUACACGGAGGGAAUCCAUUUAUCUGCUCAGAUUGUGGGAAUGGAUUCAGUCGGUCAUUUCAACUGAAGGUACAUCAGCUGGAUCACCAUGGGCAAGGCCAUUCACCUGUUCUGUGGGUGAGAAUGGAUUGAGACGGUCUUCCUGCCUGUUGGAUACACCAAUCACUGCACAUUGAAUUUGCGGGGAAGGAUUCAGUCAGUCAUCUGAUCUAAUGGCUCACCAGCGAGUUCACACUGGGGAGAGGCCGUUCACCUGCUCGGACUGUGGGAAGGGAUUCACGUUGUCAGCUCACCUACUGAGACAUCAGUCAGUUCACACUGGUGAGAGGCCGUUCUCCUGCUCUGACUGCAGGAAAACAUUCACUUCGUCAUCUGAACUUAAGGUACAUCAACGAGCUCACACUGGGGAGAAGCCGUUCAUCUGCUCAGACUGUGGGAAAGGAUUCAGUUCAUCAUCUAACCUUAAAGUGCAUCAGCGAGUUCACACUGGGGAGCAACCGUUCACCUGCUCAGACUGUGGGAAAGAAUGCACUUCAUCAUUCCAACUUAAGAUACAUCAGCGAGUUCACACUGGGGAGAGGCCAUUCACCUGCUCAGACUGUGGGAAAGGAUUCACUUCGUCAUCUAAUCUAAAGCUACAUCAGCGAGUUCACACUGGGGAGAGGCCGUUCACCUGCUCAGACUGUGGGAAGGGAUUCGCGUUGUCAUCUCACCUACUGAGACAUCAGUUAGUACACACUGGUGAGAGGCCGUUCACCUGCUCAGAAUGUGGGAAAAGAUUCACUUCGUCAUCUCAACUUAAGGUACAUCAGCGAGUUCACACUGGUGAGAGGCCGUUCACCUGCUCAGACUGUGGGAAAGGAUUCACUCAGUCAUCCCACCUACAAGCACAUCAGCAAGUUCACACUGGGGAGAGGUCGUUCACCUGCUUAGACUGUGGGAAGGCGUUCACACGGUUUGCUACCCUACAAGCACACCGGUCAGUUCACACUGGGGAGAAGGCAUUCACCUGCUCAGACUGUGGGAAAGGAUUCACUUCGUCAUAUAAACUUAAGGUACAUCAGCGAGUUCACACUGGGGAGAGGCCAUUCAUCUGCUCAGACUGUGGAAAAGGAUUCACUCAGUCAUCCCACCUGCGAGCACACUACUCAGUUCACACCAGGGAGACUCCAGACACCUGCUCGGACUUUGGGAAGAGAUUCUCUCAACCAAAUCAACCAAAUGUGCAUCAUUGAGUUCACACAGGAGAGACCAUUCACUGGAUGUGUGUCCCUCACUGUUGCUGAAUGCAACUUCGAGAGUGACUGUCGGUGCUGAACUCUGCAAUUAUUGCUGCUGCUCACCACACCCAGUUCUGCACCCUGGUCACUGGGCAUGGGAGGAGUUUCUUCUGCUGCAUAUUCACCUUUAAUGGGACUGGAGUUUAAUAUUCUGGAUAUGUGCAAAUAAAUC